UGUCAAUUCGAAAAACGUGUGUUUGUUGAUUACAAUUCGUUACGCGGUUUGUAGUGCACAUUGCUGUAUCGAGUACAAUAAUAUAAGUUACAAAUAAACAUAUAAUCAUUAACUGUGAAAUGAUCCAAACAAAGAAGCGCUCAAUAACCAGCGAAGGUGAAAAAUCAGCCACCAAAAAGCUAAAAUCGAAUAACAACGAUGGCGAGAAAUUGUUGAAGAAGUCAGUUCCUAAGGACAGUGAUUCGAAGGGUAAAUUUCAAAAGAAGUUAGCUCCCGGUGGUAAAAAGUUCGAUGGUGCUAAGAGUGGAGGUAACUUUAAAGGUAGGAAUGAUCAAAAAUCAUUCGGGGAGAAAAAAGCGUUCGUUCAGAAUACACCGGAAUCGAAACGAGAAUACUGGAAUAGUUUAAAAACCAAGCAGAAGGAGCUGCGGGAACAGCGGCGGAAAUUGAAGACCAAGGAUUUGUAUGAGCUGAGUGUGGGUGCGAAGAAGAUUUACGAGACAUUGAAGAAGAAAUCAACGGAAAAUAAAGAACAGCUCGUUGGCGAUCUACACGAGAAGCUUAACAAGGACGAUACUUACAACAGGAUAGCGACAAGCCAUGAUACCGCCCGCGUGAUCCAAUGUAUGAUCAAGAAUGCCUCCGAUGAUAUUCGGUUAAAAAUAGCUGAGAAGCUAAUUCCGCAUAUACACGAGCUGGCCGUUUCCAAAUAUGGCCAUCAUUGCGUUUCCAGUUUGCUGAAGAAUGGCACGAAACCGCUGUGGGCCAAACUUGUGGAUGCAAUUACCAAACAUGUCGUCAAAAUUGCCAAUCAGUCAUUUGGCGGCUCGAUUGUGGAUUCGGUUUACAACGAAUACGCCACAAACGAACAAAAGUGUUACAUGCGGCAGGCAUUCUACUCGGAAAUAUAUCAACAGACUAAAGACAAAAAGGUCACUUGUAUGAAGGAUACAUGGGAAACUAACGAGUACAUGAAGAAGACAGUUAUAUCCACUGUGAAGGGACAUUUGUUGCAGGCUGCAAACAAGCAGCUCACCGAUAACGCCUUAUUCCAUGCUCUUUUAUUGGAUUUUCUUCAGGAAGCCGGAGAACUCGAACGCACGGAAGUUAUCGAACUCUAUCUGCCUCAUUUGGCUUCGAUUUCCAGCACCAAGGAUGGAACAUCGGCUGCGAUUUUUUGUUUUCUAAACUCUGUUGUUAAAGAUCGUCGCGCAGCGCUCAAAUCUCUCAAACCCUUUGUGGAAAAGUUGAGUGUUCACGAACAUGGUCACCGUUUGAUUUUGUGCAUUUUGAACUGCUACGAUGAUACGGUUAUUCUGGGGAAGCAGUUGGUUUCCGUAAUUAUGGAAAAAGUAGAAGCGAUUGUGUCCAGCGGGGAAUGGGGACGGAAAGUGGUGGGUUGGAUUUUUUCUCCGGCAGAUAAGGAUCUGUUGCAUCCGACUCAGAUUGAGAUAUUGGAUGGAUAUUUGAAGUACAGCAAAAAAGAUAAAGAAAUUCGUCGGAAGGAAAUUUUCUCUGCCGCUGUGGAACCGUUUUGCAAGGCAGUUGAAAAAAAUGCCACUUUUUGGUUACGAGGAGGACAUACGGCGCUGCUCACGGCCGCGAUUGUUAAAACCCUGAGCGGAGAUCAUUUGAAAAGGGUCCACGAGGAACUGGCAAAGGUAGUUUGUGAUGCCGAGUGGCAGGUACAUGAGAACGAAAUUAAUUCAGAGGGAACCCCUAUGCAGAUCGAUAAUAAGAAAAAAGAGGAAAAGAACAAAGGUGGCAAGAUAAAGAAAAUCAGAAAGAGUCCAUUUGCCGAAGAUAAAGAAAAAACACGCGAAAGGCUUCUCGCAGCCAAUCCACUGGUGAAUGGGAUAGAACACGCCGGAGUACAUAUUGCCAUCAAGAAAAUCAUCAAAUUAGACCAAGAAAAACGUCAGGAGGAUGACGAGUCCUCUCAGUUUGGCGAGGCUGUGAUAGAAAAUCUGGAGGAUGUCAAAUUGUGGAUUUCGCAAAAUCGACCAUGCUUCUUGCUGCUGCUGAUAUUUGAAAACUCUUCUGAACACGUUCAGAAACAAAUCCAACAAAAACUCAAAUCCCUCAAAAAAGAUUUGAAAAAGCAAAAUUUUAUGGGGGCAAAACUUUUGAUAGAGAAGCUUAAGUUGUAGUUUUGUAUUUCUUUAGCUGUAUAUUUAACACAUGUUAAUCUGAACUGCUAAUAUUAAUAGACAUUAAACGAUA